AUGAUCGCCGCGGCGGUGGAGGAGGAGGUGCAUCCGGUGAGGGAGCAGGCGGAGCCGGAGGCAGCAGACACGGACGACGACACCGACACGGAGCGCCUCAUCGCGUCGCUGCCCUUGUUCACCAUGGCGUCAGCGCUGGCGGCGCUGCCGAAGAACUCCCCGGACUGCGCCGUCUGCCUCUCGCCGUUCGAAGCCAGCGCCGAGCUGCGGCUCCUCCCGGCGUGCCGCCACGCGUUCCACGCCGCCUGCAUCGACGCGUGGCUCUGCACCAACCCGGUCUGCCCAAUCUGCCGCAGCGCCGUCUUGUCCCCGCCGCUCCCGCCCCUCCCCGUCGCCGCCACCGCCGCAGGGGACCAGGAUCAUCAGGAGCCGCUCGGCACGCGGGCGAGAAGCAGCAGGAGGAGCUUCCGUGUCGAGCUCGGCAGCGUCAGCAACCGCCGCUCCUCCGCCGCCGCGGGCGGCGGCGACGAGCGGCGCACCUACUCGCUCGGCGGCUCCUUCGACUACCGCGUCGACGAGGAGGUCGAGGCCAUCGUGUUCCGCAUCGUCCGUCCCGCGGCAGCAGCGGCGAGGCCGGCGGCCGCAGCCCCGACGAAGGUCUGGCGGAGGCGGUGGGGUCCCGCGGGUGGCUAG